AUGCUUCGAGUAAUUGCUAUUUUAAUGAUGAUAAUAGUUUUAAUAAAUGGAAAUUGUGAAGAUAUGAAUUGUAAAUAUUUUUGUGAAGAGUGUGAAUUGUCUAAUCCACACGCUUGUAUAUUUGGGUAUGUGCCUUGUUAUAAAGAAGGAUGUUGUCCUAAGUUAGAUGAAAUUGCUGCACGUUUAACAACUGUUAAAUCAACUAGAUCAACUCAAAAAGAAGAAAUAUUAUGUUGA